AAAAUUUCAAAAUCUACGGUAAGUUGACGUUUCAAUAUCAAAGGUAAACAAACAACUGCAUAGCAACGUAUAUCAGCCCAGCAAAAUUUCUAAGUUGAUUGUGGAUGACGGCCGUAAGUUGCGUACUUUCCUAAGUAACUACUUUACUUAGAUGUUCUAAGCUAAGUGAUUGUAGAUAGGCCAUUACUCUUUGAAAAAAGGCCCGGAUCAGUCCUUUCACACUGGGUACCGCCGGGAAGUAAGCAGCUUACGACAAGAAGCUGCACGACGAGAGAGGAAACGUUGAUCGAUACAAGCAGGCUCGGAAUCGGCAGGACAUUCGUUUUCAAGUUCAAGAAGCGCCAGCAGGAAGCGCUAGAUUGCGCAGAAAUGGAGCAGCUAUUCCGAGCUAAUGAAUCGGGGAAAUGUUACGAGAAGAUGAAUCGGUGCAGGGACAACGCGGAAAACCUGAUCGUGAACAAAAGCGAGGUGUCGGAUAGGUGGAAGCAGUACUUCAACGAGCACUUCAACGGCGAUGAAGUGAACGGAGACGGCCUAGGAGUCAACCUUGGAGCACCCGCAGCUGAUGAACAGUUUCCGGCACUCGAUCUGGAGACGGUUAAGAGAGAGAUCAGGAAGCUUAAGAACAACAGAACUGCUGACAAGGAUCGGUUACCCGGUGAGAUCUUCAAAUUUGGAGGAGAGAAACUGGCAGGGGCGCGAUGCGAUUUCAAAGAUCUGGGAGGAGGAGAAGCUACCGAAGAAGUGGAUGGCUCGAUUGCGGCCAAAUUGAAUUAGAUGGGGUGAACACGUAAUUGUAUUUGGGAUCGCUGGUAAUCGCCGUCAACGACACCUGCAUAGAGAUCCGGACUCGUAUUUUCGCUGGGAAUCGUGCGUACUUCGGAUUACGGAAGACCUCCACAUCAGAUCGAAUGCAACGCCGCACGAAACUUAGAAUGUACAAAACACUGAGUAGAACCGGCAGGUCUCUAUGGCCGUGAGACCAGAACGAUACGUGCCUUUGGAGUCUUCGAACGGAAGGUGCCACGAACGAUCUACGGUGGGGUGCAGAUGUCUGAUGCAGUGUGACGAAGACACCUGAACCAUAAACUGCAGGCGUAUCUUGAAGACCCGACAAUCGUCACCCUCGGCACCAUCCAAGCAUUCGAUUCUCAGCGUCAUAUUCAAACUCUAACGUAUCAUGGUUUAACUUAGCCCUUUAAAGAGUUCUCAGAAGUAGUAUUGCGGUGUACUCGAGAUCACUGGCUAUUGCGAACAACGACAUCAUCAGGAAAAGACAUCCGCCUCCGCCGACAUCUUUAGCAUAUUUGAAGAGGUUUUGCCUUCCUACUGAUUUUACAAGCGUUCAUACAAUUGGCAGAGAUGUCCGGCAUACCUUCUGAAGAUCCUUACGAUUACGAUUUCCAAAUUAGAUCUCCAUUGCCGGGAACAUCGAUUUUUACAGAUUGUUGUUAAACACUCUUGCUUACCUGGACAAAAAAAACUUGACUUUAAAGUUUUUUUGUUUUUGUUUCAUGAAGCAGACGCGUAAACAAACAGCUGCAUCUCUGAUGACACUGCCAUCUGGUUGUGAUUUUUUAGAUUGCACCGGAAAAUAUCAAAAAAUUCGUCGGGGCUGACGUCAAUUCGACGGUAACAUUUCAAAAGGCAUCAUGUACAUUUUGACACUUUCUGGGUUAUUGCAUAUUCUGAAAGUACUCCUAAUAAGCUACCUCUCCACCAAAAAUGAGCAAAAGUUACUUCAGUAAAGUCUGUUUAAUCAUGAUUUUAAAUAAAGUAACAUAAACAAAAUCUCUGCCAUCAGCAGUCCCUGUUUAUAUAGCCCUGUCAACCUGUCAAACAAAAGACUACAUAAACCUCGUGACGAAAAAAAAGCAACAUGAACAAAGCGCCAUGUACAUUCGGCGGAGAAAAACGAAUCAUAACAAAGCGUCCCCCUCAAUGACAGCAGGGUGAUAUAGACGUUGGUGAUUUCAAAAGGAGUUAUGUUUGUUUUUCUUAAAUAAAACGACGGAAAUAAUGUUUUAUUGAAUUUGGAUGAUCAAGUAUCAAUAAAAGCAACGUUUUUCAUCGUUUGUUAUUAUUAGAACAUCUUAUUUUGCUUUUAUAUUAAAAUGGGAAUUGAAAAUGGAUGCUCAACAUUCAAAUGCGUUUUUCUCAAAACGCAUGGUUUGUACAUGAUGCUUUUUGAAAUGUUGGCGUCGAAUUAAGUACUCUGGGAAUAUAUAGUGAUGAUGAUGUGGACCCACCCUGACUGAAAAGUCCGUCGGACGUCCGUCGUUUGUCGUCUGUGCAAUCGUACGACGUCGCACGACAAUGUCGUGCGACAUUCGCACGAAUGUCAUACGGUUUUGCACCAAAAUGUCGUAUUUGUCGUGCGAUCGAUCAUCGAAAUUGUUCGACAUUGUCGUACGACAUUCGACCGACGUCGCACGGUUUUGUUAUUUAGGUUGUCGUGCCUUUGUCGUGUGCUGUUUUUCAGGUUUUUAGGUUAUGUUGCAGUUAAAAAAAUAGAUGAUUGUUUAUUUUUAAUUUAUUUUAUUUUUUUAUGUAAUUUGCACAUUUCCCCACAGUAAAAAAUCAAUUAUUUCAUUAUACUUGUUGUGUCGCGGAUCUUCACGUACAUCUUGGUGUCGUCUUCCGGUUGGUCUUCCAGUUCUCCUCGUCGCUCGGCAUCUUGGCCGGAAUUUUUUGGCGUUGUCUUCCGGGUCCGGAUUUUGUCAGCCAUCUUUUCGAGCCGACGCCAGCGUGCGGGGCAGCAUCUUGAUCAAGAAGGACUAUUGCUCCUCGACUAGCCGCAGAUACGGCGGGGUGCGGCGCCACCGUUUAUGUCCCAUGGAUUGAUGGCCACCGGAGUACGGGACAACGUCGGUUUACGCACUUCUGGAGCAGGUGUUUUUGCGGUCGUUACAGCUUCCGUUCAACAAGCUGCGUGGGACAACACGGAGACGCUGGGUUGUUAGCAGGAUCAGAUUGGAAUAUUUUUGGUUACCUGAAAAAAGAUAACGUCAUUCGGCUGAAUAAUCAUAUCCAAAUCAUAUCUAGAGUUUUGUUGUUGAAACAAAGGGAAUCUCAUGACAGAUAUCAUACUCAAAAAAUCUGUGAAAAUUCAUAAAAUAAUUAAUUGUGGAAUAUUGAAAAGUUUAACUUUCAAUGUAAAAUUUUGAAAACAAAUUAAUUAAAAAAGUAGUAAAUUUAACCUUAUUUUUUCAGAAAAUAAAGAUUAAAGCAAAUUUAAGACAAC